GCUGGGAGUUCUGGCCGCUGACGAAGAGAGGGAGUUGGCAGCAACAGCAGCCGUUGAAGUAAGGCAAAAUUACGAAGGGCUGGGUGACGUGGAGGGUGACGAGGAAGAGCUACCUCCAGAUGCUACCCAAUCUGCUGCCAAAGUUCUGCACGUGGCAAAGACACGUCG